UCUCGUUCGUUCUGAUCACGUUUUCCGAUCCUCCUCUACUUUUAUCUCGAAAUCCCUUCGGUCCUGUCACGCCUCGGCGACACCCUGCUCCCAUUCAGCCAAUCGACAUUUGCAUAAACGGACGAAAACGGCGCGAUUCGAAAGAACAACUGAAUUAUGUACCGAAUUUAAAAAUCGACACGAGGAUUCUCGUCGAAGUCACGAAGAGCUAAGAAAUCACGCGAUCUGUUCUCGCUGAUCAUUCAAGUCACCCCUAAAAAGGAUCCUUGAAACUUUAUCAGCUUGGUCCUUCAGCCCCGAAUAAAAUUGCUAAUACACUCGCGCAGAUCGGGACUCGGAGGUGGCAAAACGAUGCGUCAAGAUCCCCCGCGUGGACUGUAACCGGAAGUGGUGAGAAAACAAACGAGAAAUCGAGGACAACAUGAAGUCGUCCGACGCUUAGCCGCCGGUUUUCAUCUCGAAGACGAUGUAUUUUACGCGAUGAGGUGUGCGAACACUCGUGUGAGAACUUGAUUCGGCGGGGCUGCGUUCGAGACGAGUGGACGACAGUGCUGAGACGCUUUUGUGGACGACAUGUCCGCGGAAGGAGACAAGGAGGAAUGGGGAACAACCGAACCGAACCGAACCAACCUGGACGAACAGUGCUGCGGGAAUCGAACCGAGGAUCUCCUUCCGGAUUUCAAUGCCACCCUGCUCGACGUAAACGCGACGCCGACGGCCGAGAUCGACUCGUUCUACUUUUACGAGACAGAACAAUUCACGGUUCUGUGGCUGCUGUUCGCCAUGAUUGUCGUGGGCAAUGUCGCGGUGCUGAUUGGCCUCUUAUGGGGUAAACGACGGAAAACACGAAUGGACUUUUUCAUCAAGCAACUGGCGCUCGCAGAUUUAUUGGUCGGCUUGAUAUCCGUCCUUACGGAUAUAAUUUGGAGAGCGACGGUGACCUGGCACGCGGGCAACAUUGCCUGCAAACUGAUAAGGUUCAUGCAAACCGUUGUCACGUAUAGCUCCACGUACGUGCUCGUCGCACUGUCAAUCGACAGAUACGACGCCAUCACGCGACCCAUGAACUUCACUGGCAGAUGGUGGAGAGCCAGAGCGUUGGUGGUAGCCGCCUGGAGCCUGUCGGCGCUGUUCAGUCUCCCGAUCAUUUUCCUCUACGAGGAGAGAGCUAUACAGGGGAAGACUCAAUGUUGGAUAGAACUGGGCUCCCCGACGCUGUGGAAGAUCUACAUGAGCCUGGUCAGCGUUACCAUCUUUAUAGCUCCUGCGCUGAUAAUAGGAGGGUGUUAUGCUGUGAUCGUAGCUACUAUAUGGUCGCAAGGAGGAGCGUUACGUCAGGGGCCCACCAGGGACACCAGAAGAGCGUCCUCCAGAGGACUUAUUCCCCGAGCGAAAGUCAAGACGGUCAAGAUGACCCUCGUCAUAGUGUUCGUAUUCAUCCUCUGCUGGAGCCCGUACAUACUGUUCGACCUCCUUCAGGUUUACGGGUACGUGCCGAGAACGCAGACCAACAUCGCCGUGGCUACCUUCAUCCAGAGCUUAACGCCCUUGAACUCCGCUGCCAAUCCGAUCAUAUACUGUCUCUUCAGCACGUCGUUCUGUAAAACUGUGCGGAACAUGCAGGCGAUCGCGUGGGUUUCCGGAUGGUGCGCAACGAAUCCUCAUCACUGUUUCGGCACCGGUGGUCCAAACAGUAGCACCAGGACGACAGUGACGACAUCGUUGACUGCUCACUCCUCGCGUAGAAGCGCCCACAUCGCGAUGCUGCACUCCACCGCCAGGAAACGCGUCAUGGUAUCUCUGGUAUAAAAGGUGGACAAUCUACACGGCGCUCUGGCAUCUAGGACACCGUCCUCGGAUCGACGUACGACUCUCCUGCCGAACGGCUCCUCGGGAGACCGCAAGUAUUACGCGCCUCCGAGAUUACGUUCCUUCGAUUGAUAGCUCGUGGUAACGCGAGAUUCCCGAUUACCGGCUCGCUUUUUUAUAUCGAAACCUGAAAAUAUUACGAGGAUACGUCCAGAUCUGCGACUGGUUCUCUACUCCCUCCUCCUCGAAAAGGAGUAGCUGGUUCCAACCCCAUUCGUUGUAUCUUGUACAUUAUUCGCUCUGCAUAAAGUGCGUUAAGAUAGCUUCGAACAAAGAAACAGUAACAUAUAUUGCUCCGGAAACACUUUAUCGACGUAAAAUAAUGCACGUAACGCGCACAAGUGGGGUGUAAAUAUGGAUUUCACGUCUCCGUCCGAAAAUACCCCGAUAUGGAAAAUUCGACCCAGUUGCGAGGGACGUCUCGACGUUUCCUCGCAGAAAUUGUACCGAAGAUUUCAAGAAAUACGAGCGGGAGGGGUGGGGGGGGGGGGGGCAAUGUUGAAACGCGAAGCGCGAUCCGCGCGGCGUGACAGGCAUCAAGGAACAUAACUCGCGAGACGUCGAUCGAACGUGUGAAUGAAACCAGUUUCGUUUUUGUAUUCCCGCAUUUAUGUGAUCAGUAUUCUAGGUCUGAUCGUGAGUCUCGAGUAUCUUUCAUCUUCUGUCGCGUCCAGUUCGAUAUUCUAAUUCGACUCGAACGUUGCAGUUUCGUCAGAGAAUCGACAGCAUCGUGGGACGAAAGGAAGGGAGAUAGCAAAACGAACAGACAUACGAUUCCGUCGAGUAAAUUCCCUGGCGAAGCAGUGCAUUAGACGUUUAUAAAAAUUCAGAAGGAUGAAAGGUGCAUUAGCGCGGUGAUCGAUCAGCCUACGUGGAAAAUGAUACGCUCAAAGUGUACAUGUACAUAUAUACAUAGCGAAUGAACGGCAGCUUCGUGUAUAUACUUACGUAUAACCAUAAAUGUGUAAUAUAUUAAUGUAUUCCAUCCGUUGCGAUCGUCGCGAAUUAGUUCGUCCACGGGUGCGCGAUCGACGGGAUGAUGAAUCGAUACUGACGCUGGAAUUAGCGAUGGGAUCCAACUCUCGAUUAGCGUCCAGUAAAACCCGUGAAAAUUUGUCCAAAGGCGAUUCGGAAUUUUCAAUUAUUUGCUGCUCGAGCUUUCAACUUUUGUACCGGUACUAGAAACCGAAAUGAAAUUCUCUAAAACAGAAACCAGCGCACGUAUGCAGUAGGGUGUAACGGGUGCGAGUACUCAACCAAAUUCCUGGGAACGCGAUGGUAGAAGUUUGCAUGAUCGUUUAGACCACGAUAGACAAAGCUGUAUUCGUAACUCGUCUAUUUAUUAUUUAUUGUACUCUGUUAAGGGGGAACGACC